CUCGGGUUCCCCAAACAGACAUCUCUUCCGUCUCGAGUUCUCACAGGUCCACCCGUAUCUACACGUCGAGAUCGAAGAGCAGCCCGCGAUGAUGUCGUUCUUCAGCUCGAAGAAGGUCGAGCUCCCGGCGCACAACUGCGUCCUCCCUCACGCGCUCAGGAUCCCAGCGCUCGAGAAGCUCGUGGGCAAGCGGGUCGUCCUCGCAUCCAACAGCCCGCGCAGGAAAGAGAUCCUGCGGACAUUCGGAUUAGAGCCCGAGAUCGUUCCUUCGACGUUCGAGGAGACGUUGCCUAUUGGCGGCUUUCAGGACCCCCAUGAAUAUCCCGUCGCGACCGCGACGCACAAGGCCGUAGAAGUCUACGAGCGACUAGUGACAGAACAGCCGGACGACGCGCCCGACCUCGUCAUCGCAGCGGACACGGUGGUACUCACCUACGCCCCGCAAGGGCUGCACUCGCAGUUCGCAGAGGAACUCGGUGGCGCUCCGCAAGACAUCCUCGAGAAGCCGAUCGACAAGGAGGACAACAUGCGCAUGCUCCUCGACCUCAACGGCGGCCGGUGCGAGGUCGUCACCGGCGUCAGCGUCGUGUUCCCGGUGUUGGAGGCGCCCGGGUACAAGAUCAAGUCAAUAGACGAGCGCACGCUCGUCUACUUCGCGCAGAACGACGAGUCCCUCCUGCGCGCAUACGUCGAGAACGGCGAGGGGCGCGACCGCGCCGGCGGCUUCGCUGUUCAGGGUCUAGGCGGGAUGUUGGUCAGCAAGGUCGACGGCGACUACCAAAACGUCGUCGGCUUCCCCGCCGCGUCCUUCUUCAAGUUCCUGGAUGCGCUGAUCGAGGAGGAGGUCGACUUCCUAUCCGACUGACGGGCGGCGCGCCGCGGUUGGAUCUGGCUAGACCGUUCGUAUGAUCACGAUAUAUAGGCUAUUCUAUUUUUCACGCUGCAUGGACAACGCAUUGGGACAAUAGAGCCACC